CCUGAGAACAAAAUGAUCCGACAUGUAUCUCGCCAAAGGGAACCAUUCCAACGGUGUUUGUUCGCGUAUCACAAAAAAUCCAAAAAGGAAAGGUGCUGUGGAUUACUUAGUACUUUUCAUUAUAAUCUAAACAAUAACACAACUGGUAGCGAUUCAAAAACACCCUGUCAUCAAGUGCAGAUCCAGAGAAGUCUUGUGACUGUUCCGAAAAUCAUCAACUCCACAGAGGAUGUGUCACAUAGACAACUCCAGCAAGUAUAUCAACAGCAAAGUCGAGAGUUCUUCUCCGUACCUGGUAUACCAGGUAUUGUCUCUGACACAAGGAAGGAAUAUUCAGAGAGGAGAGUUUUAGGGUACACAAUGGAACAAAUGUACCAGAUUGUAUCUGAAGUUGAGCAUUACCCAGAAUUUGUACCUUGGUGUAAGAAGUCUUCAGUGACAGGCAGACGACCAAGCCAGCUGAAGUGUAAUCUUGAGAUAGGGUUCCCUCCCCUGUUGGAGAGGUACACCUCAAUAGUGACCCUAGCAAAACCACGAUUGGUCAAAUCGGAGUGUACUGAUGGUGUAUUGUUUAACCAUCUUUUGACAAUAUGGAAGUUCAGCCCAGGUAUCCCAGGCAAUCCCAACUCAUGUACCCUGGAUUUUUCUGUUUCAUUUGAGUUCCGGUCUGCACUGUACUCCAACGCAUCCCAUAUGUUCUUUGACCAGGUGGUCAAGCAGAUGGUGAUGUCCUUCCUCAAGAGAGCAAGAUCACUGCAUGGUCCAGCAUCCAUAAGGGACCAGAAACCACAAAUCCUCAAGUACAAGGAUUGACAAAGGCUAAACAUUAGGGCUGAAUAUUUGAAAAUAGUAUUAGAACAUUUUCCCAUUCCUGGCUAUUCUGCUGGGCAUUCUAAUGGUGGUGCAAAACAAGAAUAUCAUUUAUUGCUUAUCACUGAGACACUUAAGAACAUAAUUGUGUUUGACAGACAAAAUAGUUGUACAUCAGUGUUACUGGCUACUUGUUUGUGUAUUUAAAUAUCUUUGUAUCUUUUCAGGCAUAAUUUUCAGGUUGCCAUUUAUCAUGCACCUGUGUAUCAUUAUGUGCAUCUAGACUCAGAUACACAGAUAUACAAAGUAGUUACUGUUACCAAUAUAUACCACAGUAUAUAUCAUGGGUUUAAAAUCGAUCAUGGUGUCUUGUUAAUCCUGUUUAGAGCCCCUCUAAGGUAGGUCUGUACUAGAAAUAAAUAGGAGGGAGACUAGGGUAGAGGGUGACUUUAGGGCUAUCCCAAAGGUAAAUAAUUAAGGAUGGAAAGUGCUUUUCUUUUUCUGAAUAUUUCAGUAAUUUUUGGCCUGGUUACCCUUAUGUUAUUAUAAAUUUAUUGUAAAUAUCCUUACAGUAAAGAUCUUGAAAAAUCCUUUUAUGAACAGGAAUUUACCACUUUAAAGGACAGUUCCCUUGAUGAUCUGUUUUUCGUACAAAUAUUCCUAGAUCAGACUCAACAAAAAGGAAACUUAUAGUCAACACAUCAUACAUAAAUGGUCAGACUAAGUCUCUGCUUCAGAAAAAAAAUUGAACAUUUAAAAAAGAGAGGAAAAACACAAAAGGUUUCAUUUUGCAAAAAAAAUGAAACCGACUAUAAAUCCCUCAAAAAGAACAACUCUUACAGUAAUGUAUGCAGUUUUUGGAUGUAAUGGUACAGAGAUUCUCUGGUGAAAAAGUGUAACAUGUAUAGAUAAACCAACACAAUUAUAUAUGAGAGGAUGAUGAAGGUCUGCAACUUGGAAAUGAAAAGCUUAACUACAGCUUUAACGCAGGGUUUCAUGAGAUCCAGUUUUUCUAGUAUACUAGCACACUUGAAGUGUAAAAAGAACUUGACUGUGAUAUCUUAUUUUUGUUAGCCAGUGUCUUCAGACUUUUUUUGGUAAAAAUUCCAUCUUAAAUAUUGAUAUGCAAUUUUAAGAAUACCAUGAUGAGACAGGAUGACAUAACAAUGUUAAGAUUUAGUUUAGUUUUUUGAGUGCAUUGACAAGCUGGCAAAAUGAGGGUAAAAGCCUAUUUUAAGUAAAGUUUGCCAUUCAAAAUAUUUCAAAAUUAAGAUGAUGAAAACCACUGGAAGAGUGUUUAUAUGAAAUAUAUUUAUGCUUCAAAAUCUGAUAUAGUUUUAAACUAAUAUUCAAAAGAUUCUUUUGAUUUCCAUGACUGAAAAUGUAUAUUUUAGUCAGAUUGUUUGUUUUUAAUAUUUCCCGGUUAUUAAAUGUUUUAUGUGUGUGUCAAUGUUAACAGAUCAAAUGAAUGGUCGUGUGUUGUCAAGCAGAGAGCUGUGCCAUGGGUCAUGUCAGCAAUUGUUUGUGUUAUGUCGAAAUGAGAGAUACAUAAGUUUCCCUCUGUUUUAAAAAUUCACUUUUAACAUUAUUACACUAAUUUCACUACAAAGUAAAUACCUAGCAAACAUUUCUACUACUAAUGAAAAUCUCAGAAAGUAUGUAUGCUGUUAUACAUGGACACUAAUACAUAGACAGGCACGAAAUUUUAUAACUGUGAACCAGUCCAAAACAGAAAUACAGUGAAAUAUAAGUCCCACAAAAUUAAAGAAUGUUCAAGCUAUGUAAUAAAUGUCUGGGUUUAUACGUUUGGAAUAUAGUCCAAAAAUUUGAAAUGGUAUGAAAUAAAUGCACAGCAUGGUAAGACUUGCAUUGCAUUUAGAAUUGUAGAAGUAUUGUUACUAAAUCAUUUUAACAUACCUCAGUCUAUGUUUUUCUCUGUUGCGUAAUCAAGAUGAUUAAGAAAAUUUAUGCAGACAUAAUUAUUUGUGUCAUUGUAAUUGACAUAUUCAUUGAAAUUGUGAUGAUACAAUGAUAGGUAAUUUAUUGAACUUCAGGAAUGACUGUUUUGCAAUAGCUGAAUACCCAAACAAGAACUUUGAAUUGCUGCGUGGUACUGUUAUGAACCAGCAUAAGGCUGCUUAAAACAUAGCAUGUUUAGAGUAUGUAAGAGAAAUAUUGUCGUAGUAGAUUGUUAUCCAUGAUAUCGUGGGAUGUAUGAAAAGCUGUGUGAAAGUAAUGAAGUGAAACAUAAUGUGGAGCACCUUUCUUGUAAAUGUGUAGUUUUGAAGGAACUAAAAUGGCCAUCAUGGUAUCUAGAGCAAUUUAAAAAAAAAAAAACAAAAAAAAAAAAACAAACCAAAAAAAAAAAAACCUGGAAACUUCUAAGUUAAAGAGAAUAGAUUUAAUCUUAGUACCGAUAUAUCAGAUAUAUCAGGACACCUGAUGGAUCAAAACCAAUUGUUUUUAUCUACACAUGGAUUUUUUUUCUUGCUUUUACUAAAAUAUCAGUUUUAUCAUUUGAGAAUGUUUCCCUCAAUAUUGAAUCUAUAUUCACUGUAGCAUAUGAUAAAAGAAAGACAGAGUUUUUAAGUAAUAGAAUCCAGGGUUCAAAUGAAGUAUGGAUUGAUAUACACUUUCUGUGUCCUCAUUCCAUGAAACAUUUUGGGAGUGUAAUUUUUCAAUAUUUUCUCCACCACACUUUGAUUUUGGUAUGGAUUUUCACAGACAGACAGUAGGCAAUGUUUCAUGCUCCUUUAUUUGUAAUCUACUUUGUCUCAAACUAUUUAAACAAAAGUGUUUGUUGUGGCUGGUGCCAAAGUGCUUAUCAUAGUAACUGACAGUUCUUUUUUAUGCUUUGUUAGUCUAGUGUUAAAAAUAGGAAUAUUUUGUAAACAUGUCACAUUUGCAUAUAAACAAAAAAGUUCUUAAUAUGAAAAAACAUGAAUCUGGAAAGAAAUAAAUCAUUUGUUUUCUUGA